AUGUCAGGUUCGUUUUGGAAGUUUGGACAAGACUAUUCAGCGGAGUCACCCAUUACUAGAGUCCUGAAUGGAGCCUUCAUUCCUAAGGAUGGUAAUUCAAAGCAUAAUGAUAACACUGGUGAUGUUUCCAAAAACUCGAAUGGAUCCGAAGGAGGGUCACAAGGUGAAUUGGAAGAAGAUGACAGUCACGACGAGGAGAAUAAUCUUCCGACUACGGAGUCAGAAUUUGUUCACUUCAAACCAAAUUUAGAUGUUUUAGAAGACCUAUUGGAUGACGAAGAGUUGUAUACAGAACUGAUGUGUUCUAAUUUUAAGCUGCUAAUCUAUUUCAAAUACCCGGAGGUUCUGUCAAAACUUAUAGAUUAUGUGACAAGUGAAACCGUUAUAAAGGAAGGGGCAGAAGGCCCAGAGGGACCAGUUCUACCUAACGAGUUGCAUGUUGACACGGAGGCGGUGAUAGAAGGCACUGAAGCUUCAGCUCAGGAGGCAUUGGAAACCAAUGUUGGUGAAAUUCGAACAUCUGACCUUGGACAAGAGAAAGAAUCCCCAGAAGAGUCUCAAAGUGAUGAGAAGGAACAAAUGCGUGAACAAGAAACGCAGGAAGAGGAGGAGUCCGAAGAAAAGGGGAAAGAAGAUAGUGAGGAUGAUGAUGAUGAAGCUGGCGAGGAAAGUGCGUCAGAGCCAUCCGAGGAGACUAGUGUCACAUUACCACCGGAAACAGAGGAGCAAGUGGAAUCCCGUAGGGCGUGCAUGGCGGCGGAAAUUCUUUCUGCCGAUGUUUGGCCAAUUUCUUCGGCUAUCAUGGAUAAUAGAGAGCUUCUAGAUAAACUCUGGUCCAUUUUAGAUCGCACCACAUCACUUUCUAUCGUGACUUCCACAUAUUUCAUGAAGAUUAACGAGCGUUUACUCGAUAUGGAUAUCACUGGUAUGAUGGAUUUCAUCCUAAUGCAGGACAAGGUAGUAGACAGAUUUUUAAACCAUGUGGAUAAUCCACCAUUGAUGGACUUUCUACUUAAGGUGAUUUCUGCAGACAAACCAGAUGCACCAACGGGUAUCAUAGAUGUUUUAAAGACUCAAAAUUUGAUUCCACAACUAUUAGAUCAUUUGGGUCCAGAUUAUCCACCUGCAACCCAAUCUGCGGCAGGUGAUUUCUUAAAGGCAUUUGUCACCAUUAGUGCUAAUUCUAACAACGAAUUAGCUUCAGGUAUUGGUCCCAACGAGCUAACUAGACAAUUGGUAUCACCAGGGAUGAUGGAAAAACUCAUAAAGAUCAUGCUUAAAGGAGGAACGUCAUUGAGUAACGGUGUGGGGAUAAUUAUAGAACUUAUUAGGAAAAAUAAUUCCGAUUACGAUUUCGUUCAAGUUGUCUAUACUACUUUGGAGACACAUCCACCAAACGAUAGAGACCCCGUAUAUUUGGGACAUCUGGUAAAAUUGUUUGCUCAUUACAUGCCGGAAUUCAACAAGACCCUUGUUAACACAGAAUUACCACCGUUGGAGACACCGUUUGGUAGUAUUGAACCACUAGGGUUUGAAAGAUUUAAAAUAUGUGAAUUGGUUGCCGAAUUGUUGCAUUGUUCCAAUAUGACGCUAAUCAACGAACCUAGUGGUGAAGCGAUUGUUCAUGAACGUGAUGUGGAGCGUGUAAGGUUGUUAAAUUUACAAAGAAAGCAAAGGCAGAUAAGAGGUGACGCUUCUCAAGUGGAUACAAAUGCACCUAAUGAUCAGGGAAGUGUAGAAAGUAAUCUAGAGGAAAGUGAAUCUAAUGUGAACAAUGAUAUCAAAACUUUAAAGCCUAAAGAGGACGAUGAUGAUCAAGCGUUAGAAAAAUCACCUGAGAAACCAGAGCAACAAACUGAACCCGAAGAACAAGACGUGUCUGAUAAACUAGCGUCACUUCAAAUAGAAAGUAAUAGUUCCGAUCCUUACGAAACUACCGAGGAUUAUGAAGGUAAUAGUACAGUUAACAACGAUACAGAAAUCCAUUCCGAAGGUGAAUCUUCAGAUUCUGAAGCUACAGAGAAGACAUUACGUGAGAACCCAAUUGUGGGUGAUCAACUCAAAAUUGCAUUACAUGAUACGAGAAUCAUAGAGACUAUAUUGAACAUGUUUUUCAGAUUUGCAUGGAACAAUUUUUUGCAUAACGUCGUUUUCGAUAUUGUGCAACAAAUCUUUAAUGGUCCAUUAAAAACAGGUUACAAUAGGUUUCUAUUAGCUGAUCUAUUGGUAGAGGCCAAUAUUCCAAAAAUGAUUAUGGAAGGUGACCAAAAAUGUAGUGAUUAUGAAAAGGAGACUGGCCUAAGGUUAGGCUAUAUGGGUCAUCUUACAUUAAUUGCUGAGGAAGUGGCCAAAUUCGCUGCAUAUAUUGAAGAGAUGAAAAUAACUUUCACUAAUCCUGCAAUUUGGUCAAGUUUAAACGAACCUCACUGGAAAGAAUAUACGGAAACGGUAUUAGCAGAUACUAGAGAAAAAUAUAAUACGGUUCUUGGAGAUUUUGCGGAUGAUGAAGAAGAGGUUAACCAUGAUGAUAUGAUAAGUGAACAUGAUGUUGACGAUGAAGAGGAUGGUUCAGGUUACAACAGUCAAAAUUAUGAUUUUGAUUUUAAUAGACCCAAUUCGUACCAUGGAUUCCUAGAAUCAACUGGGAAUGAAGAUGAAGAGGACGCCAGUUAUAACGAUUCCGAAGAUUCCCGCUACUACGAAUAUAUGAAUGGCGAUGGUACGAAAACCAGAUUAGAAUUGGAGCCAUCUUUAGAUUAUGACAUUCCUGACGAUCAUGCAUCCAAUCCUCUGUCAGAUACCCAAGAUCCUACUGGUGGUGAUGAUCAAUUCACGAAUUACAUGUCACAUCAAUUGGUAAGAGGGUUUACUGGCGGUGACAGUGGUGAAAACUACGACGGUGCAGAUGUUGAUUCUGAUGAAGAAAGAAAGAAUACUAAUACUAAUAAUGAUGGAGAAGUGGAAAAUGAAGAUGCGUGGACGACCGGCGGAUUUUCAUUCAAUGGUGGUCCCACAAGGUCCUUACCAUCAAAUCCAGAAAUUUACACUAAAAACGUUUUCCAACAUCAAUUCGAAUUAGAAGGCGUUGGCGAUGAUGAUGACUACAUGGAUCCCAACGACGACGGACAGUCCUAUGCCAAACCAAACCAUCCACUUUACAGUAAUAUUAUAACCCCAACAACAUCUCAUAGACAGUCUUCGAACAGUUUCUACGACAAGGUUUUAAUCCACGGCAAUGAAGACGAUAUAAGUGAUGACAGCGAUGCCGAAUUAGAAGAAGAAAUAUCAGAAGAGGAAGAUAAUGCGCAUGAAACGCACGACAGCGACAAUGAUAACGAAGAAGACCCUGAUGUGGCAGACGAGGAUGAAGAAGACUCGAAUGAAGACGACUACUCUCUAUGUCGCUCAAAGAGCAAGGAUAACCUGUCGUGGGAUAAGAACGAGCAGGACAGACUAAUGGAAAUGGUGAAUUACAAUAGGAAGCAGAAUUCAAACAAGUAA